CACCUGAUCAUGUCCUUAGUCUCUAUAAGACAUUUCUCUCUUGGUGUCCAUUUUAAAUAUCGUGUUCCAAGUUACAGUGGUUACAGUGUCAUUUCAGACAGGAGAUCAAGCUGCUCAGCCUGCUUUUGAAUAACUCAGCAAAUCAUCCAGGAUUUGACCCGGCAAUAUGGGCGACUUUGGGUUCCUGUCCAAGCUGCUGGACAAGGUGGCAAUGCACUCCACCGUGGUGGGGAAGGUGUGGAUGAGCGUCCUCUUCCUCUUCCGCAUCAUGGUGCUAGGUGCCGGUGUGGAGAGUGUGUGGGGUGAUGAGCAGUCAAACCUGGUGUGUGACACCACGCGCAGGGGGUGCGAAAACGUCUGCUACGACUGGCAGUUCCCCAUCUCGCACGUGCGCUUCUGGGUGCUGCAGAUCAUCUUCGUGUCCACUCCCACGCUCCUCUACCUUGGCCACGCUGUGCACGUCAUCCACAGGGAGAAGAAGCUCCAUGAGCAGGCCAAGAAUGCCACCAGUGAUUGCACACUACUCAAGCGACCCAAGUACACUGACGAGCGGGGCCGCGUUCAGAUCAGGGGCGUACUCCUGCGCAGCUACCUGGCCCAGCUCUUCUUCAAAAUCCUCCUGGAGACCGCCUUCAUCGUGGGCCAGUACUACCUCUACGGCUUCUACAUGACAGCCAAAUUUACGUGCGAGCGCUACCCGUGCGCGCUUAAGACGGAGUGCUUCAUGUCGCGGCCCAUGGAGAAGACCAUCUUCAUCAUCUUCCAGCUGGUGGUGGCCUGCGUUUCCCUGUUCCUCACCAUCCUGGAGGGGUUCUACCUCCUCUGCAGACAGCUGAAGAGGAGAGAUCGCGCUAGGAACCAGCCCGACACCAGCUUUCCAAUGACCUAUAAGCAACGCAUUGACAUGGUGGACGCCCUGAAACAGAACAAAGCCAACAUGUCCUACGAUGGGGAAAAGCCCCUUUGAUUGAUGUCAAACAGACUGCAGGUACAGUAGGUUUCUUUCAAAACAGUAGCAUGAAAUGGCAGCAAGUGCUCCUCAGAAAACUCUUCUUCAUCAUCUCUGCAGGAUCAUGUUUUUCAGAGACAGGUUCUGGUACUGACACACAUUUAAAGAUGUAAUUAUCCAAAAAUGCGACACACCUCUUACUGCACUGUCACUGGUUCAUUUUGUGUUACUUGGUACACUUUAUUAGGUACACGCUUUAGAGAAAAGUUUUUAUUGCUGUCACAAGAAUAUUUUUUCAUUGGUUUGUUAUAGAUUUUCAUAUCAUUAUUGAGUUGCAAUAUUCCUAAAUCAAAGCCUGAUUUAUCACUCACUAAAUACACUAGAUGUCCUUCAAUCAUGUAGUCCUUAUACUUGAAUUUGUUAUUUGUUAUUCAUUAUUCCAUUUGUUACACUGUGCGGUUUUGUCUAUGUGUGUGUACAUGCUUUUAUUGCUACAUUAUUGUCUAUUUUGUAAAUAUUUGAAAUGCAAUUUGGGACAAUCUAUCCCUUUCAAUGUCACACAAUAAAAUCAGGAACAAUAGAAUGCAGAUGUAAACUCAGGGCUUCUUUAAAAA